ACGAAGAUUUUAUCACGCACACCUCGCACACCUCGAGUCAGUGGUCCUCUAAAGGUAAGUUUUCUAAGCUCUAUCUCCAAGUUGUUGACAUCUUCUUACAAAAGGAUGAGUCCGGUAAACUUUUAUGUUAGCUAUUGUUUAGACCUUAUCGUAUCUACGGUGUGUAGGAACAGUGCCAAUAUGAUUUUUUAAGUGAGUAACGAAGGGCCAUUUAGUGAAAAGGUAGUCAGUGACACGUUUGGCAUGAAGAAUGCAACUUGGUGGGCUUUUUAACCGUCCUCAGCUCUCAAGAAGAUAAAAUCUAAUGGUCUUUAAGAGUCUCAAGAAACAGGUGGGUUUCAGUAAGUAUCUAAGACCAUUCUUUUAAAACAUCAUCAGAGGCAGGUUCUCUUACUCUAGCUUAUGAAAUUCAAAAAUUUCUACCAGUCUUUUAUGACUGUACGCGAAGAUCUCCAUGCGUGACAAGCUUAGUAGUGAAAUCUGCAAUACAUAGGGAUUGGUACAAAGCUGAGGGAACACUUUUCAGCUUCAAACCUUAAUGAUGAGUUUUCAUUAAACGUUAAUUUUAGAUAAAAUCUCUUCAUUAGGAAAAUGCACACGUGGAAUAGAUAAGAUCAAACUAUCUUGCUUUUUUAUCUAAAUGGUAUUUACACGAGAAGCACUUAACUCUGAUGAAGUCUAAGGUUGUUCUCUUUGAGCAUAAUACAGAUUACGUAUACUAAUGCACACUUUUUUUGGCGGCCUUUACGCUUUGCAUUUUUCUUGAUUUAAACAUUUACCAGGAGGAUUAUUAAUAAAGAGAAUAAGAGAGAUAAUAAGUUGUUUUUUACGUGUAUUUACUCACCUUAAAAUCGUAAAUAUUUUUUAAUCUCAUGUUUGAUGUUCUGUAUUGGUUUCCGCAGUCCAGGGUUUGAUUACACACCACCCAUGUUUUCUUACAUAAUACUUUAAGAGGAAGUAUGUUUGCCGACUUGUAAGCCAAAUCCUGCUUUCUAAAAUUAAUGUUUAGUUUGACCGGAUCAAUGACAGUUUAUUUUGGCAAAAGCAUAGGCAACUGUUGGACUUUGAUGUCCAUUUUUCUCCUUAUAGUUAGGAAUCCUGUGGCACAUUAGUUAUCUUUUUUUCCUCUUUCCAAAUUUGCAAUAAAUCUUGCCUAAAAUGGAAACAACCACAAACUGAAGUCUACAAAGGUUAAGUACACAGAGAAGGACGAAGAUACUAUAACAUAAAAAAGAUUAACGCCUUAGCAAAAGAGUAAAUUUGAGAGAUUGAAAAAACCCCAAAGUAAACUCUCUAUGAUUUGAAAAUGGCGAAAUCUAUCCUCAUAAUAAAGAGAAGAUGGCUCUUGAUACCAUGCGUAUCCUGCAUUAAUAUAAACAGGUGUUUUCGGGUGUUGUUUCAACUAAUUGCCCUGCUUUCCAAAUUACUCAGUUGGUGGGACAAAUGUGCCAAGUUGUGUCUUAUGCAAACAGUUUCGCGGUUGGAAACCGGAAACAGAAUUAUCAGUCUGCAGUCAAAUCAAUAAUCUAAUUAAAUAAAAAAAAAAUGAUUACAAGAUUAUAAUUGAUUAAAAUGGGGUUUAAAAAAAUUGGUUGACUCAAUCGAGAGGAAAAAACAGGCUAUCUAGACACAUAGAUAGAGAUAAUUAAGACUAAUUGAGUAUGACGGACGAAAUUAAAGACCGUCGUCCAGCGAAAUUUGUGAUUUUCAGUUCAAAGAAGUUUUCUCGUCAAAAUUAAAAACAUAAGACUUAGGAUGUAAACAGUGAGAUAUAAAUAGAAAACCUAGUCACACAGGCCGUAGUUUACCAAAACUCGACAGCAUUUAGUUACAACUAUAUGUAUACGUGAAUGAUUAUCAAAUGCUGGCCUUUUAGGCUUUGUUCCGAGCUAACUGGCAUUAACAACAGUUGGAUACAGGAGAAUGAAGUGGAGGAAAACUGGCACUAAUCUCCUCUUGCGCCAAGGUUGCCUGAGAAAAAAGCGUUAUGUGAUUUACAUGAAAUACAACGAGAUCUCGUCCUUUUAAAAGACUGCUAAAAUCGCGAUAAGAAGAAGUCUUUUUAAGGCGAAAAGUACGCAAAAGAUGAUGAAAUUGAAAUAUUUUAAUUUACUUUGAUACAAUGUAUGAAGGUGAUAAGGUUAUCGCUUUGUGAGGUACUAUACUCAAUUUACUCUGAUGUAAUCGUGAUAAGAUUAUCGCAUCGCUGUUUACAGCGCUUUUUUAGAUCAUUAUCAAAUAAUUAUCAACGGUAAGUUUUUUUUAAUGCGCAUUACUUUGUUUGUAAUGGGCUUAAAAUCAACUUGAAGAGAAGACAUUUCAAAUUAAGUGACAAUUUUUGAAAUUUUUUAAAGGCCGAUCGUGCAUAGUCAUGAAGAGACUAUUGGAUCGUUAUCCCUCCCUGAAUUGGGGGAGGCGAGCAACCUUCGCUAGGUCACCUCUCAGAAUGAUUUCAUCAGGUUUUCUUUGUUGGCACUUAUUAAUGCUCUAAGAUGGAGAGAGGCGUUGUAAGAAAAAUAAGCCUUAGCUAAGGUUUAAACCCACCCACUGUUUAGCGUCGGCUGAGUUUUUUUUCUAAGAUUUUAUUUGAAGCAAGAGGGGACUUUUUUCCUCAACGGGAUUGCUUAGCCCAAGGGAAGUUCCUCAGUUUUGUCCGUUUGGUGGAAAAUUAAGUCUACGUUUACAUCAUGCCAGGUACGUCAGUCACCUCUAGUGGAGACUUUGAAAGCUGCUUUAAAGAAAAAUUAAUACUAAAAGAACUUUCGGGAUGAGAAUGCUUCCCUGAAAAUCUUAGAAAGAUUGCGCCCUUGGAAACCAUACUAUGCUUUUAGCAGUCAAUUCGUGAGGACAAGUGUAAAAGGAAAAGCGUGACAUACGAGAGACAAAAAAAAAAAAAGAGGGAACCUACCCCAUGAAAUUAAAUGGCUGUUUUCUCUCAUUCCCUCAUUUGCUUAUCUCCGAUUUACCUGAAGUCUGUUACGGGCCGAGAUAUUCUGAUACUAACUGUCAUCGCAUCAUGAGGUAGAGAUCCUGUACCUGUGCAGAAGACAUCAUGUGAAUGAUGAAGACCACACUUACCAAAUUAGAAUUAUCGCUUUAUCGGGAGACCUCAAUGUCAUUGUUUUUUUCUACAGGAGACCUCAAUGUCAUUUUUUUUUUCUACAGGUUAUGGUGAAAAAAAAAAUAUAUGUUCGAUUUCAUUUUUCUUUUAAUUGCUUAAAGAUUUCCCCUGAAAAAUUGAAGUUGUUGUAAUUAAUAGCUUAUCGAUAGAAAAGGCGGCGUAAGCGAUUUUGCCGACGUGACUGUUGGCAAACUAACAUAGAGAAGUUCUUGCAAUAUAAUGCAAAGGUUUCUAUUUUACGACUUCACUUACUAGCAAGGAAUGUCCUCAUUGACUCGGUAACUUCUGUUACUAACAUGAAAAAAGAGAGAUACAUAUAACUGCAUCAUAAUCUUCAAAGUCUGAAUUAAAAACAUAAAUGAUUCAUAAGAAACUUUCUUAAAGUUUAGCAAAAAGCAGUCCUAAGAGUAAGCGUUUCAUUGUCGAAGCUGACUACAAAGUUGGAAGGUUUAGUACCUUACAGAUACAGACCACUGUGCUUUUAGGUCAGACUUCGGUAAGAUCUAAUGAAGAUUGUUAUCGCAAAUGUUUCACCUCCAAUAAUCUCAAAAUAAAUUUCAAUUUCAUCUGUAAUAGGACUGCCAAGUAUGAAUUUUGAACUUUGCAAUCUUUUUUCAGAUACCUAGAACCAAUUUGAUAUCUUUAUCAGGGUAGACUCAAUUGAAGAGCACCCGAAAUAUUUCACCUACGCCUUAGUUUGAUCGUGACAGUGAUAAAACCUACUGGAGUCAUUUAAACCUUGAAGUGUGGUUUUUAAGUAACAUAAGAAAACAUGUUAUAACUGAAUCUAAAUUACCUCCUGAUCUAAGUGUUUUAUGGCGAGGAAGUGAUGCAAAUAUUGUUAAUCAUCAUGUAUUAACCAGCUAACUGUAGCGGUACUAAAUUGAUAGUAUCUUUGAUCAAACUCCUGAUUGCAAAGAAAUUGCUAGAAGCAUUAAGUGUGUAAUUUCCCGAAUGGAACCAAGGAGCCAUCAUUAUUGCGAGACUCGUCGGUUAACAGCAGCCUUGGCGGCUGUUAGGACUAUACUGGAGUGUUAGAUGUUAGAAACACUUAUUUAGCUCUUUCAACGGUUGGUCACUACUUUGGUACGUAAGUGUGUUGUGUAUUUUGCCGAUAUCAGUAUCUGUUACACAUUUGGCGAAAGUGGCGCCGUCACUCAUUGUUGUCUCUGUGUUAGCACAUUUACUGUACAGCUUCAAUGUAACUAGUAAUUGAUGUCUAGGUCUACUGCUUUGCCAAGUGUGCUUAUACCGAGUCUUGUCCGACAUCAAUGUACCUCCUUUCUUAUCGCGUAUGUUGUCUCAGUUUUAGUCGUAAAGAAUACGCACACGUAGUUCUUUAAUCAUGUAACCGAUCCCGAGUAAAAAAAAGAAGCAAGAAAGAAAGAAUAUAUCAGGUAUUAGAUACAUCAUGGAUGAUGGGCUCCUGCCAGCAUGAAGAGAAAAAUUACAAAAAAACAAGGGCAAUUCUAAUUACAUUUACGAUAUACUAGCGCACAGUCCCUCAUCAAGCUUUUGUAUUUCUGUUGGUCAUUUUGUUUCAAUGCCCUUAAUCCUCGUCUAUCCAUUUCCCCACCCCCCCCCCCCCCUCCUUCCCUCCCAGCCUUCGUUUCACUCCUCUCCCCUGCCAAAAAUUUAUGACUUUGGCGUUUAGGAAUAUUAUUUAUGAUAGGAACGAGAGAUAAAGACACUGGCGAAACCCUUAAUUGUACUGUUCCUUAUCAAACACCUCUCCACUCUUUCAAAUGAGCUUGGUAUCAAUGAACCAUUGAAAGAUGUAUCUCUAGGGAUUGUAGAUUCCAAUGAAAAAGUAUCAUUGUUCUUUUGGAUUAUUUGACCCCAUAAACAGUCAGCACUGAAUUACACAUAAUUAUGAAGCACACAAAUUUAAUUAUAAAGAUGCCAGGUGAUAGAGACAGCGAGUAAAGAGCACAUUUGAUUAACAGCAAUGACCUCCCACUCAGAACACUGCACGAAAGUAAUUUAACAACAAUGAAGGUGUUCGAUAACACAAAUUAAUUUACCAUAGGAAUUUCGUGGGCGUAUCUAACUAGACCUUCUUUCAGAUAAAUGGAAUUUCCCUUAUGCCUGUGAUAGAUAAUAAUAUGGACACGGAAAGUGGAUGGACAAGUCCAUUAAAUGUAUAGUAGGAGUCUAAGUGUUCUUGAUUGGAUCUAAAAAUACGGUUAUCGGUGCUAGGCACAACAUGUACAUCUACACUUGUCGAAGUAGGGAUGGUGCAGUACAGAAUAAAGAUUCAAUAUAGUCAAUAGCAAACGCAAAUUUAAAUAUCGUGCUUUUAAAAGAUAACAUUAGUGAAGGCUUCAUGGUAGAAACAACGCCUAUGUCGACGUCAAAAUCUCACGACAUGGCUUUAUCCCCAGGUUGUAAGUUUUAACAGUACGAGGAUAAGAAAUUUCCAAUGAGAAGGUCAUGAACGCCCAAGAAGUAACAAGCUUCUUUGUGGGUUCUCCAAUAUUUUUUUUCGCAUACUUAAGCGGUGAAUAUCAGUCUCUGGUGAAGGUCAUGAACGCAAUCAUUCUAAAAACAAAUACCGCAUUGAGGAGACGAAACAGCAGAGGCUAAGGAUAGUUUCACCUGCAGUUUUCCCUUCUUUUUCAUUUUCUCACAACUUUCCUAUUCUUCAUCAUGUUGAACAAUGAAAUGCAACAAACCUGACAGAAAACUUUUUUCAACAGCUGGAAGCUGUUCUACAUUCAUUAAAUCUGCAAUUCAUUAUUGAUUGAUUCAUUAAAUCUGCAAACCAGUGUAGCUUCAAACUAUGUCUGAUUGUCCACCUGGUUGCCGUGUGAACUUUAAUAUAUUUUAGCUGGAAGCUCUUUGAUAAAAGAAAAUAUUUCAGUUUUGAGUUUCUCUCCAGACUAAUCAGUGCAAAGAGGUUAUCUGCGAACGUGCUUUAGUUUCUUAGCCUUAGAUAAGGAUCGAAUGAAAUCUUUGGCGAACUGUUAUGACUUUUGACCCGUUUUUCUUUAUAACAUUUUGAUAGAUAUUUGGUUGGAUUCGACAUUAUCCAAACUAUUGAUCCCGACAUCGAGGAUGCUUUGUUUUGAAGUUAGCAUACAGGCAAGGGGAGCUUCCCGAAAAAAGCUUUAUAGGUUUUCGUUUUAGCUGUUAUCAUGCGCUAACUGGGUCGCCCCACUCGGAAAAAUUUGACAGCCUCUCUUAAUCGAAGUGAGAACUUACCUCGAUGAUAUUAGCGUAUGUACCUAUUGCUUAUCCAGAUGAAAACUUCAGACAGUUUAUUAAAAUCAUGUUUUAACUUUAUUCUAAUUUCAAUAAGGAUAUCAUCAGACACGCGUCAGCUGUAGUCAUAUCUCUAAAAGUUAUUUCGCCCGCUAGGCCAAUUUUUUUUUUACCAUAAAAUACGUGCCUUGCCCUGAAAGCCAAAUAACAUGGUAUUUAUGAGUUCAGCUUAUAAUAAACCGCGCUAUCAAUCUGAGAUGAUACGAGAAUAAGUAGAGGUGAGCACGCCAAAGAUAAAAUAAAACUGAAAGGUGAUAUUUCUUGAGUUGGUUGAUUAUGGAGCAAUUAGGAUAUUGCCAGAAAUUCCAUCACACAAGACAAUUGCUACACAACAUUGUCAACCUUGAUAUCGGAAAGGUGUCUGUUUACUACUAGGGAGCAACAACACGGUUCCAAAUCCAUUUCCACUGCUCCAUUUUCAUCAUUUUAUAUUCCUUUGCUCAAAUGGUUCACGAUGUUAUCUGAUCGAUUCGCAAGCUAUCUAUCUUCUAUCUAACAAUUACAACAUGGUUAGUUUUAACAAGUAGUUACUUAAGAUUAGAUUAGAGAGUUACAUAAACAUUUUAUUUGGAGUGAUGUAGAUAUGCUUCUUCUGGGUUGUUUCUAACAAGUACCUCUUUAUAUCGCUUCGGUUACGGUAUCGUUUCCUGCAUGUGUAAUGGUUAACUGUUCCAUAGUCUGUCCUAAGCUUUAAAGACAACACGUAGGCAGCUAUCAACAAACAAAGAAUGUGCCUACUUUCACGAGGGAAGGGGAGGCGAACUGUUAGUCCAGUGGAAGCCAAAAAUUGAUAGUGUCGGAAACUUUUGUCAAGUUUUACACAUCUUUUUAUCAUUUUUUUGUUCUCUUCUUUAAAGUCUUUUUUUGAGAUUGUUUUCAGGUAUAUACUUUUUAGCUGAGUUGUUCGGAAUCAUGGGAAAUAAUUGUGGCCGAGGAACAUCCUAUGCAAGCAUUGCAAGCGAUGAUAUACCUUUUAGUUCACUUGUGCACGCUUCGUUUACUUUCAAAGCUUGUCAAGGUUUAUGUUUCAAUGUAUUAUACUUCACUGUUUGACGUAUCGCGCUAUUUUCUGCUUAUCGUGACUACUGAAACAAGAGAAAUCAUUUGUUUUCUGGCGGAAGCGUCUUGUUGGCGUGCUAUCAUCUAUUGCCUCGAAGUCUUUUGAAGGGUCGCAUUAUGUUCCACAAUCACGAGAAAAGGCCUUUCCAGAAAAAAUUCCGAGAGACAAGUCAAGGGAGAAUUAUUACUAAGAACUACGCCAUGGGGCCCUUAGAAAUUAAUGCACAUUUUCAAUAUGCUGAUUAGAGAUCGCGCUGAGCCUCGCUUCAGUGUUUUCAGAGAACAUUCGCCAAACAUAUUUGCAUUACCACUCAAAACUAAUGACGCGCAAAAUAUUCUCUUUCAGUCGGUAAACAGAAGAUUCCUUCAUGGGUUAACUGCGGGUCACCUGCGUUAGAAGCAGUGCUGUAAAGCGUUUCCAUUUGAAGGAUUAUCUCGUCAUUUAGUAUGUGCUAAUUACCUUUUUACGUUCCAGGAAAAGAUGCUAGGCCCAGUUGUUUUGGUUGCUGUUGCCAUCCUGAUCCUCAGAGUAGGAGGCGGCCUUCGGCCAACGCAGUGCAACUUAAUCUAUAAAAACGCUUGCCAUCAAUACCGAGAAACGGGAAAUCAUGAAAUUAUGUGCCGCGAAAGCGCACAACAUAAGCUUUGUCAACAAACUUGUAACAGCGGUAGUUGUCGUUUGCAUUGCCAUACUUCAAACUCGUGCACUCAGCGAUGUGUGGCUGGCCGUUGUAACAACAUCUUUUGUAAAUCCAAGUAUUGUAGACAAGAUUGCACAAGAGGAAGCUGUCAACUGAUGGAUUGUGGUGGAGAGACCUGCAGACAGAAGUGUCUUAUGGGUGGCUGUAACAUGCUCUGCUCGAAAGGAGCCACAACCUGCACACAGUGGUGCGAAUUGGGAAAAUGCACAAUGCGUUGCCCUCCUGGCGUAAAGUCAUGCGAGCAGACUUGUAAUGGCGGAAAAUGCAACAUGAUUUGUAAUGCAGAGAAAUGCAAACGUUCUUGUAGAGGAGGAGAAUGUACUUACGGUGCGGAAGUUACUCGAGGUUUAGAGGCAGUACUUGGUGCACCACGAUACAUUUACUGCAACGACGAUCUCAGAGAGAGUAUUUGUAUGCAGACUUGCUCUGAGGGAAAUUGCGACAUGAAAUAUAAAUAUAGCCAUCACAGCUCGUUACUGCAGGUGUGCGCGGGAGGAAGUUGCCAUUUCGACUGCAAAGCUCCCCGUAAAUGCACCCAGGUCUGCAUUGGAGGAAAAUGCAUGAAAUACUUAUGCAACUCAAGAGUAUGCAUUCAGGAAUGUGUCGCUGGGGGAUGCACGAUGGAAUGCGAAGCAGAAACAUGUCUUCAGACAUGCAGAGGAGGCGACUGUAGGAUGAGUUGCAUGUCGAAUGUUAAGCAAUGUUUCCAGUGGUGUCCUGGAGGCAACUGUAUUCUUGGAUGUGAAGCAGAACAAUGCAAACGUUACUGUCAGUCUGGAAGCUGUGUUACUCCUGCCCAAGCUCCCAAACUCCAGGCAAUCGCAAGGAGGGUUAGAUGUUCAAUGUUAACACGUGAAUGUCAUCAGCAGUGCCCACAGAAACGAAGCUGUUCAUUUCUUGGAUGGCUACAUUAUGGCAUUUUCCGAUCAAUAAAUCAAAUUUGCAAUGAAGGAGACUGCCGGAGAAUGGAGUGCCGAGCAUCCAUUAAAUGUACACAAACUUGCAACGAUGGAGCCUGCUACUCAAUGGCUUGCACCUCAACUAAUUGCUUACAAGACUGUGCGGGAGCUAACUGCAAUAUGGAGUGUAAAUCUGAACAUUGCACCCAGAUUUGUCGCGGAGGGGGAUGCCAAAUGAAAUGCGCUGAGACAGUUAAAACAUGCAGACAGUCUUGCAAUCCUCAAAAUUUGAACUGCCAGUCUAUUUGUCUGGCAAAAACCUGCUCGGUUACUUUAAUGUAA